CACUGCCACUAAAAGUGACUGACAAUAAUCUUCAGAUUGUGGCAUGUGACCUCUUUGCUAGACCGUCUGACCCAGAUGUGUUUGCCUUCUCUUUUACAGGCUGCACCAGCAAGUAGGCCUGAGGCAACUUCUCAACCUGUGAACAAUAGGAAGUCAGUCAAAGCUAAGAAAAGAAAAGCCAGCAAGGGAAAAGCAAGCAAGGCGAAGGGAGACUAUUGCGCAGCUGAGAGAAUAGACAACUACGACCCCAAAAACAACACGUAUUACAUAAAGUGGCAAGGAUAUGAUGCGUCCCACAACUCAUGGGUGAAAGCGGAAGACGUAACUUCUCCUCUCAUCUCUUCUUACAAAGAAAAAUUAGGUUCCGGAACGCACAAGAAGUGAUGCACCUCAUGUCUUUC